ACAGCAACAUUUCAGUCUUUCUCUCUCUAUUGUUUUUUUUUUUAAUAAGAAGAUUCAAUUUUUAUUUUUGGGUUUCAUUAUUUUUAUUGAAGGAAUUAAAUUAUGUUUUUCUUCGAUUGGUUCUAUGGGAUCCUUGCUUCUCUUGGUUUAUGGCAAAAAGAGGCCAAGAUCUUGUUUUUAGGGCUUGAUAAUGCCGGUAAAACGACGCUGCUUCACAUGCUCAAAGAUGAGAGAUUAGUUCAGCAUCAGCCAACACAGCAUCCCACAUCAGAGGAAUUAAGUAUUGGGAAGAUCAAGUUUAAGGCUUUUGAUUUGGGAGGCCAUCAGAUUGCUAGAAGAGUUUGGAAAGAUUACUAUGCCAAGGUUGAUGCGGUUGUUUACCUGGUGGAUGCUUAUGACAAGGAGAGGUUUGCUGAGUCAAAAAAGGAGUUGGAUGCUCUCCUCUCUGAUGAAGCCUUGGCUAAUGUUCCGUUCCUCAUCUUGGGCAACAAGAUUGAUAUACCAUAUGCUGCCUCAGAAGAUGAGAUGCGUUAUCAACUUGGCCUGACCAAUUUCACCACAGGUAAGGGUAAGGUCAACUUGGGAGACUCAAAUGUUCGUCCUCUUGAGGUAUUCAUGUGUAGCAUUGUUCGUAAAAUGGGUUAUGGAGAUGGUUUCAAGUGGCUUUCUCAGUACAUUAAGUAGGUAGCUACAGGAUAUUUAGAUACUUUCUUUCUAAAUGUUAUUUUUAUACAGAAUUGAGUUGGAUGGAACACUUUAAGAAAUCAUUGUUGCAGGUGUUCCAUCCCCUCCCCCUUCCCCUUCUGUUACCCACCUUUCCCCUCUUCUCUUACCCUUGGUUUUUUUCUUCUUUUUUUGUUUGAAUUAGUAAACAUGCUACCCUCUACGAGACAAUGAGACAUAUAGGUAAUUGAUGAUUUGGUCCCUGAUUACUACAUUAGUAUCUCCCCUAGGCAGGAUAGUGUAUUUACUGCUGCAACAAGCAGCUUUGCAAAUGUUUGACAACUCAUACUGUCGUCCAAGCAUGUCGUCUGCUGGGUGGCUUUUCAUUUAUUUACGCUUAGACUUGUGGGUGAAA